AUGCAGCUUGUCACACCCCUUGGCCCGGGCACGCAUACGCCACCUAGUAGCCGCUCAAGUGGCUUCCCAGACGAAAUAUUCCUUCCAUCUCACGAUAAAUGCGUCAGCCUCAUUGACGUGUAUUUCAAGAUGGUCUACUCUUUCUUGCCUUUGUUUCACGAAGAGACAUUAAGGUCCUCGAUAGCGGCCGACAGCUCCCGGUCUGCCAGCUCUCGUGGGCUCCUCUUUGCCGUUUUAGCGCUGGCAUCAAACGAACGACGAGAUGAGAGAUGCAGAGCUCUGCAAGCCCAGUGGUAUGAAGAGGCCAAAAGUCAGUACGGUUCAACUAGCCACGUUCCCGAUGCUCCCAUUGAGACUCUUCAAACGGCCGUUUGCAUCAUCUUGCAAGCCAUGGUCUCGGGCGACUCUUCGUCAAUGUGGCUUGUUCUUGGGAAAGCCUGGAAACAGGUUGUCGCCCUUGGAUACCAUCGACUAGACCAAACGUCUGUCCCACGCAUCCCUGGUGCACCCCCCCUGCCCCAGGACUGGGUCCAGCGCGAAGCCGUAAGACGUAUCGUCUGGAUGCUUUACAUUUUAGAUCGCACCGCAUGUCUCCCUAUCGGUCUCGACUUUACCAUCAAUGAGAACCAAAUAGGGGUCAAUCUACCGAUGGGCGAUGCCUUGUUUCGAUAUUCCACCGCUUCGCCGUUGGGACUGUUGAGUAUCCCCUACAAGCCGAAUCUGAAAAGGAUGGUUGCUGCCGUCCGGGAGGCAGCGAUGCAGACGAAUCAUCACAACACAUUCCACCAUGUGAUUUUGAAUAUCAUGAUGCUCAGUAAUGUAGUGUCUCACUCGCGGGAUAAGGAGGAGGACCCGUUGCAGGACGAGGCCUUGGGUCAACUGGAGGCCGAUCUGUUUGCUUUGAAAAUCAGUUUGCCUCGAUCGACAACGAGCCUCACAGCUACCACUUACUCCGAUCUAGACAACGCCGUGUGGGUCAACGUAUUGUUGAAUUUGAACAUCAUCUUUCUAAACUACAGCAAGAACGCCGCUUCUGGUCAAAUCUCUGGGACACACUGGAAUCAUUGUGUGACGGCAGCUCGCAAUACCGUUGGAAUAAUCCGCCAGGCCGCUAGCAUGUCGGUCGACUCCUUGCUCAACCCUUACAUAGCCUCUGCUAUCUUCCUGUGUGGUCGUAUUCUGAUCAUUGAGUACCUUGUCCCAUCCGACGCGACAUUGUCCCCGCGCCUGUGGCGGGAUAUUGAGGCGAUCACGCUUGUUUUCGAGCGGCUGGAGGAGCUGUUCGGCGCAAUCGGCAAAAAGUUCAAGAACGGCAUGCUUUACUACUUGGCGCAGGACACGAGGACAUUGAGUCGGAUCAAAAACAGCGGCGUGAAGGAUCUAUUGGCACAAUGCAGCAGCUGGGAGGCGGCCGCUUUGGCCGCGAGCAAGAAGAAUACUGUUGAAUGUCAGAGUUGGGUGAACUGA